CAUCCUUUCUUCGGGGCGACAUGUUGUAAAGGCCCCGGAGCAUCAGCCAGGUGACUCUUGAGCAGAUCUGAGGAGAACAGCCAGGAUGCCACAUCGCACCAUUCAUCUUUUCCGGAAGGGACUUCGGCUUCAUGACAACCCAACGCUGCUGGCUGCGCUGGAGUCCUCGGAGGUUGUCUACCCCGUCUACAUCUUGGACAGAAAGUUCCUGACGUCCGUGAUGCACAUAGGGGCCCUGCGGUGGCAUUUUCUGCUGCAGUCCCUGGAGGAUCUCCAAAAAAACUUGAGCCAGCUGGGCUCUUGCUUGCUGGUUAUUCAAGGAGAGUACGAGGCUCUUCUUAGAGAUCACAUCCAGAAGUGGAAUAUCACGCAAGUGACUCUGGAUGCGGAGAUGGAACCGUUUUACAAGGAAAUGGAGGCCAACAUACGACGUCUGGGAGAAGAGCUGGGGUUUGAGGUGCUUUCCCUGGUGGGCCACAGUCUGUACGAUACCAAACGGAUUUUGGAGCUGAACAGUGGGACUCCCCCAUUAACAUACAAGAGGUUCCUUCACAUUCUGUCUCUGCUCGGUGACCCUGAGGUGCCUGUCCGAAACCUUACAGCUGAAGACUUCCAGAGAUGUAGGCCCCCUGACCCGGGCCUGGCUGAGUGUUACAGGGUGCCUCUCCCUGUGGAUUUGAAGAUCCCCCUGGAGAGCAUUUCCCCCUGGAGAGGAGGAGAGACUGAAGGGCUACAGCGCCUGGAGCAACACUUGACUGACCAGGGCUGGGUGGCAAGUUUCACUAAACCGAGAACAAUCCCAAAUUCGCUGCUUCCAAGCACCACAGGCCUGAGCCCGUAUUUCAGUAUGGGCUGUCUGUCAGUUCGCACUUUUUUUUACAGGUUGUCAAACAUUUAUGCGCAGGCCAAGCAUCACUCUCUGCCCCCCGUGUCACUCCAAGGGCAGCUUCUGUGGAGGGAAUUCUUCUAUACGGUGGCAUCAGCAACACCAAACUUCACCAAAAUGGCUGGGAACCCCAUCUGCCUUCAGAUCAGUUGGUAUGAGGAUGCAGAGAGGCUCCACAAAUGGAAAACGGCACAGACGGGGUUCCCGUGGAUCGACGCGAUUAUGACCCAGCUGCGCCAGGAAGGCUGGAUCCAUCACCUUGCUCGGCACGCUGUCGCCUGCUUCCUGACGCGGGGGGACCUUUGGAUCAGCUGGGAAGAGGGCAUGAAGGUGUUUGAAGAGCUGCUUUUAGAUGCUGACUACAGCAUCAACGCAGGGAACUGGAUGUGGCUGUCAGCCAGCGCGUUCUUCCACCAGUACACGCGGAUCUUCUGCCCUGUCCGCUUUGGGAAGCGAACAGACCCCGAGGGGCAGUACAUUCGGAAAUACUUGCCUAUACUAAAGAACUUUUCCUCCAAGUACAUCUACGAGCCCUGGACAGCAUCUGAAGAGGAGCAGAAGCAAGCGGGGUGUAUCAUAGGUCAAGAUUACCCCUUCCCAAUGGUGAACCACAAGGAAGCCAGCGAUCACAACCUGCAGCUGAUGAAACAGGUCAGAGAGGAACAGCACAGAACAGCCCAGCUCACGAGAGAUGAUACAGAUGACCCAAUGGAAAUGAAGGGAAAGCAUGACCUCCCUGAAGAAAACGUACCAAAAGGAAAAGUGGCGAGGAUGACGGAACAAACCGACCUCCCGUCAGGGGUUACCCGUUGGGAACCAAAAAACGGCAAAAGGGGAGAGCCGGAGGCCAGCUGA